AUGUCGUCCACCUCGUCUCCCGUAUCACCCAUCGACAAAGAAAAGGCCGAAGCCCUAAGCGGCGUCGACCAUGUCGAGCCCACGGCCGUAAACAUCACCACCGAUUCCGGGCGCCUGCACGCCCUGGAACAAAUUGAGAUCCUUCCCCAGAUCCUGCGCGAGGGCAUCCUCUUCGCCGGCUCCGGCGCCGCUCUCCUCCUGCAGGCUGCCCUUCCCGACCUGCGCAACCUGGAGGCCCCCAGCGGCAACGCCGACGCCCUGAUCACAGAGCUGCUGGACGCCCUGCAAGCCCAUCUCAGUUACAUUUCCAUCCUGGUCUUCGGCACCCGCGCCGAGCGCCAGAACCUGCUCAACCUGCUCCACCGCGGCGAGGCCCCGGGCCUCCCAGACGGCCGCAACAACCGCUUCGCCCACCAUCCAUCCCUGCAGCUCUGGAUGGCUGCCACCUCCUACGUCACCGCCACCGACUUCUACCAGCGCGUCUACGGGCGCAUCGACUUCGAGAGCGCCCAGCGCGGCUACUCCGAGUUCACCCUCAUCAUGAAUUGUCUGGGUGUCCCCCCGGGCACCUGGCCCUCCUCCCGCGAGGCCUUCUGGCACUACUGGGACGACCAGGUGUCCAAGCUGCAGGUGUCAUCGGAUGCGGUGCAGCUGGCGCAGUCGCUGCGCGAUAGCACGGAUAUGCCGCGCUGGGUGCAGCGUAUCAAGCCGUUCUUGCACAGCGCGACGGUUGAAUUGUUGCCGCCGAAGCUGCGGGAGGCAUAUGGAUUGAAGUCGACGGCGAAAACGCGGGCGCUGUAUCGGAUGAUGAUGGGCUUUUCCAUCACCGUGUACCCGGCUCUGCCCAAUAAGUGGCGCGCCUAUCCCUUACGCUAUUAUCAGGAUCGACUGAAGACUAAGUUGACUGCCUAG